AUGGCCCUGCGGGAAUCCAGCUCGAGCGGCUCUAGCCAGACAGCAGUUGGCGAGAAUACAGCGCUCCUCUCUGCCGACCGACACAGCUCUUCAGCUUCUUUGACAUGGAAGCCUGAUGAACCCAACCCCGGUCCCACACCGGGGAUAUCACGCCCUGAUGAUGGUCUAGAGGAUUAUCAGCCAGGGAAGAGCACCUUCAUCCAGACGCUUCUCAACAUGCUGGGCGAUCUCCUCGGUACAGGUCUCCUCUCGUGCCCUAUCGCCAUCGCCCACCUCGGCUGGGCCCCCUUCUGCCCCUCCUUCUCCCUAAGCGAUGUCAAGGUGCUGAUUACCAGCCUCAAGAUCAUCGUCCGCGUGAUUGAGCAAGAUCGGCGUCUUCGCAACUUUACGGAAAUCAUGAGUAUCGGACUUGGCCCAAAUGUUCGGCGGGCGGUCAACGUGUUGUUCCUAUGGGGCGUGGGGUCUUGGGCUGUCGGCUUGAUGGUGCUGUUCUCGGAGACGCUGAAUGUGUUGCUCCCCUGGCGGAGCAGUAACGACUGGAAGAUUGUCGGACUGCUCGUGAUCAUGCCCACUACAUUCGUCCCAUUGCGAUACCUCUCCCUUACGUCCGGCCUGGGAAUCACGGCAAUUUGUACCCUUGUCUGCGUGUUGCUAUACACCGGUAUCACUAGCGACACCUCCCCCGGCUCACUCGCUCACUCCGCACCGACCGACCUCGUCCCUUCGCAAGGCAUCGCCAAAGCCAUCGUCGCCUUUGGUCUUCUCCUCGCAUCCUUUGGAGGGCACGAGCUCAUCCCUAACCUCAUCUACGAUAUGGCCCACCCGCAACAAGCCUAUGACGCCAUUCACGUCUCGUAUGGGAUCUGCACGGUCAUAUACCUUACGGUCGGGUGUGUAGGCUAUCGGAUGUACGGACGCGACGUGUCUGAUGCGGUCAGCAAAGAUCUCGUACAUUAUGGUCAGACGCCCCAGGCUCUACGGCAGAUUGCGGUCUGGAUGGUGUGCCUGACGCCACUGACUAAGAUUCCCCUUGGUAUCCGCCCUCUGAGCGACACGAUCUUCUCUAUCCUCCGUCUUCAUCCCUCCAGCCCUCUGACCACCCUUGAUAUCUCUCACCCUGAGCUUGGAAACCGCACUCCACUCCGCCCAGUCUCUCGAUACACCCCAUCAGAACCCCUCAAGACCUUCCUUCGCCCGCUUAUCCGUCUCGCACUUCUCGGUGGACUCACCGUCUGCUCCCUCUUCGUACGCCACUUUGAGUCGAUCCAGGGAUUUCAGGGUUGUUACUUUGGUGCCAUCACUCUAGUGCUCUUGCCUAUUCUGUCCGGAGCUAGGGUGUUUGGCUGGCGCCGGACGACACCAGGUGCAGUGUUCGAGGAGGGAGGAAGGCAUACUGGAAAGGGAAGAUGGAGGUUGAGCUGGGUUAUCUUGGCGGUGUUCGCGGCGGUGUUUGCGGUUGUAGGGGCGGUGUGCUCCGGGAUGGUCGGGGAUGAGAAGUUGGACGGGCCGCCAGUCUGA